CCUCGGGAGCUCCGCGCACGGACGGAGACGGAUCUGGGGCCUUUCCUUCCCGCUGCUCUUCCUCCGGAAUUCUCCAGGGAGUUCCCAUCUUCUCCACCCGCCGCCGUGUCCCCCAGGCCUGGGCUGUGACGGUGCUGUGUCCCCUGAGCUGGGCACCUUGGCUGCCCGUGUCCUCUGGGCACUCAAGGCUGGGACCAAGAGGAGCAUCUGCUCUCAGCCAUGGCUUCGCAGGACGACACCCAAGAGGGGCAUGGAGAGGCACAGCUCCUGGCAGAGGCACUUCAGAAGGAAGGACUGGAGGCUGCAUACUGGCUCCCCAAACUCUCCCAGACCCUGGGAGUCCAGUGCACACAAGCCCUGCAACACCUGCAAUAUGAAGACUACCUUACGUUGGAGCGCCAAGUGCGGCACCCCUGGGAGAAAAGGGCGCUCCAGAAACUCCUGAAAAUAAGAGAUGACAAAGCAACUUCUGAGGAACAAGAAAAGCAGCACUUGGAGAGGACAAAGCAGACACAAGGAGUGGCCAAGCAAGUCCUGAACGAGCUGAAAGAAAUGCUCGACAGCCGCAGCCACAGCCAGGAUGUUGUAAGGCAAAGAGCAGAGGCUCUGUGUCAAGCCAUGGAGAUUCCCAAGGAGUUCUGGCCAGCACUAAAGAAGCCCUUGGCAGAUGUGCUGGAGAGCAUCCAGAAGCAGCUGGAGCAGCAGGAGUCAUCAGUGGGCAGGAGGGAGAACAUCCCCGACACGGAGGUGCUGAGGCGGGCGUCGGGGGGACUGGCCCUGCAGGGCAUCUACAGAACCAGCAGGGCUGAAGAUGUGCUGGCAAAGCGAGAGCAGCUCCUCAGGGUUCCUGAGGGAUUCCAGCUCGCCGGUCCAGAGCAAGGGUCGCUGUUUGAGAGCAAAGAGUUCUCCUCCAGUGCAGCAGAAUCCACUUUCACCAGGUCCAUGGAGCAGCUGGGCUUCAGCAUCAGCGUUUCUGCCAAAGCCGGGUUCUGGGGAGUUAAACUGGAAGCUGGUGCAGACCACAGCAGCUCCUCACAGGCACAGGGCACCCACCAGUCCCACUCUGAGCAGAGCUACUUUUGCACCACCAAGUACCAGUACACCCCUCUGGCCUCCUGCUACUUCCAAAGGAACCAGCUUCUCCUCUCGGAUGGGGCCCUGCGGGAGCUGCAACACAUGGAGCGGCUUUUGAGCCUCACUGGGGAAGAAGACCAGCCCAACCUGCUGGAGAGCUUCUUCAGCAGGUUUGGGUCCCACGUCAGCCAGGGUCCCCUCCACUUUGGGGGCAUAUUCUGGUGGAAGGCGUCUACAGGAGGAUUCAGAGCCGAGCAGAGGGAGGAGAUGAAGCGACAAACAUCUGAAGCCCUGAACACCUUUGUUGGGGCCAGUUUCAGUGGCUUCGGGGCCAGUGCAGGAGGGGCCACAGAUGUUUCCCGGUCCAGCUCACAGGCUUCUGUCCAGGGCAGAGCUGGAGAGAGCUCCCACACAGAGAUUCAGCUUCACGUGUUCACCACAGGGGGCCCAUCAGAGACCGAUUCUCUCUCUCAGUGGGAAAAGGGGCUUGUGUCCAAUAACUCAACGUGGUGCAUUAUCGACCGCGGCUUCCAGCUGAUCCCGGUGUGGGAGGUCAUCCUGUGCAAUCACAGCAGGGAUUUUCAGUCUGUCCAUGGAAUGAGCCGCGCCCUCAGGGCUGCGUACAAAGCACUGACGAAUCAGAGCGUCGGCAGCGCUUUUGGAGAGGAACUGGCCAGUGCAGUGGAAGAGGCCAGAGAGUUCAUGGAGAUUGUGAAGACCUGUCAGGGCAUGGUGGAUGAAAGGAAACUGCUCACGCUGAUGGAUCUGAAACAGGAUCUGAGUGCAAAAACCAAGGACCCCAGAGUCUGGAUCAACGUGUGCCUGUCGGACAAAGCCCUGCAGGACUUCCUGGUGAACACCGUGAGGAGUUGCCAGGAGUCACCUCCAGAAAACUCCACCUCUCUCAAGGCAAUCUUGAGGAGCCUCCUGGAUCCUCAUAUCUAUUCUGUCAAAGACUUCCCUGAGUCUUCCUUCAUUAUGCAAUGGAUCUUCCAGACUGACCACAGGCUUCCCAAAACUCCCAAUGUCUCUGAACUUGGAGAGCUCCUGCAGACACUGCAGCAAAUGAUGGAGCACAUCCAUGCUGUCACCUACGCACCAGGAACCUCUGCUUCUGCCGUCCAGGAAGCAAAGAGAGAAGCCACCCUGACCACAGGCCUCGCAAUUCAUUCCUUACUGCGGUCUCUCCAGGAAAGGGCUCAGAAGGACAUGGAACUCUUGGUGCUCUUAAUUGCGACCAGCACAGGGUACCAGGUGGGAAGCAGCACUUUCCAGCACCUCCUUGGCCAUGCAGAAAUUCAGUACCUGGCCCAGGCAAUGGCAGCGGCACACGAGCAGUACGUGACUCUGAAGGAGCAAGAUGCUGCCAGAGCUGAGGCCUCCCUUCUGCUGACGGCUCUGACCGUGACACCCCAAAGCAAAGAGCUGUCCCCAGAGCAGAAGAGGGAGCGGUUGCUUUUCAUGGAAGGUCACAUGGAAGGCUUGUGGUCCACAGGGACAAAGAAUCUCCUCCAGAAGCACAGGGAGUGCACAGACUGGGAGAUGCUGGAACGUGAGUUGAAUUCCUUCAUCGGUGGGAGCUUGGAGGAAACAGGGGAUGAUGUGAGGAUGCAGAACAUACUCAAAGACAUGGAAGACACUUUCCAAACAACUGAGCCUUCCAGUCCCUCCAAAUCCGAGUCAGGUGCCAGCGAAUCCAAAGCCAAUGAAGCCACUGCAAACCAAGAGUUCCUCCACUUGCUCAAGCGCCUUGGACUAGAAAGUCACUAUCCAAGAAAAAUGGGCACAGGACAUUUCCACAUCAUCUGCAAGGCAUCUCUGCAUGACAGCCAGCCCAGCAAGGACCAGGAACUGCCAUUUCACUUCCUGCAGAAGCUCUUAACUGUGGACUAUCGGGUGAGGUACCUGACUUGCAGAGAUGGGAGCAACCCAGGAUUUGCCCCCGUGCCAGAAAUCACAGAGCAAGAGCACGAACCCUCAGACUCCUUUGAGAACUUUCUACAGGAUUUGGAGGAAGCUACCCCAGAAGCUGCAACCAGUGAUGGCCACGUGCACCCCAUGGACCUCCAGAUGGCAAUUUUCCACUGUGCUGAUGACUUCCUGAGACAGUCCAUUGCAACCAAGCUGGCCUUCUGCCAACUGGCACUGCCCCUGCUGGUGCCCAAGCCGGGCACUGCCCAGAUCGAGUUCCCGCUCUGGGCCCUCAGCCAAAUCAAAAGGGGCUGGAAAGAGGUGGAGAAGUCGGGACAGCAGCCCAGGAUGAACAGUCACAAUAACAAACUCAUCCAUCAGGCAGAGACACCCAUCGUGUCCUUCAUCCGCAUUGGCACCUCUGCCUCCUCUUCCAAGUCUCAGCUCCUCAAUGCUCUGCUGAGCAAACAAAGACACGACACUUUUUUCCACCGCCAUUGCCGAGGCAGCACCAGAGAGCGUUUGCUGAUGGCAGGUGUUGUGGAGAUCGCCUGGUACUGUCCCCGGGGGAGCCCCGAUGACACCUUUGAGUGCUGUGUGGCUUUCUGUAACCUGCAUGGAGACGCCAGGGACCACGGAGCGCAGCUGCAGUUCUUACAGGAGAUCUCUGCUCUCAACGUGGCUCUUGUCUCCGACUUGGAGCACAUGGACGACAGAGGGAAAAAGCUUCUGCGUGAGCUGUGGCAGUCACAAAGGCCUCUGGUUUGUCUUCUCACUGACAAAGAGAAGGUUGCAGCUGGACAAUCCAGCAAAAACAUAAAAAUAGGGAUCAGGAAAAAAAACGAAGCAGAAAUGUUGGACGAGCUCACCAAAACAAUCAGGAAUCUGCUGGAAGGGUCCAACCCUCGUUUCAGCCUGGACGCCUGCCUGGACAAAGCUCGCCAGCACGGAUUCUUAGUGGAUGAAGAUCGACCCGAGUGUGUGACAGCCAAAGCAAAGGCAAAGGAGCUGGUGACCCUUCUGAAGAAGGAGAAGCUGUCUGAGAUCAAAUCCCAGCUCCUGCCUCUUCAAGGAAAACUGUGGCACCAGUGGUGCCAAAAGGACAAAGAACUCACUCGCUUGCAGGAGAAGGGCAACAGGAGCAUCGAGCACCAUCGGAGCCAAAUUGAAUCUGAGAAGGCAGCAAUUAGAAGAAAGCAACGAAAGCGAGCCUUCCCCCUCAAUCAGCUGAUGAAACCAUUCCUUGCCUUUCUCCAGUCACAGCCAGCAGAUACCAAGAAAUACUUCCUGCAGUGGAUGAAGGUCUUUAUGGACGACCUGUCCUCUGGUCGCCUUGAGGAACUGAGGAGAGACUAUCACAAGUUAUGGUCUGAAAUCCUGGAAAAAAAGAAAAGCAAGGAAAAAACCAGUCCAAACUCUGAGUUGCUGAGUAGGUUGGAGGCCCUCUCUGAUGAAAUCAACGAUUCAUCUGUUGGCCUGGAGCAUCUGCUGAGAGAGGUAGGGCAGAUCUAUGAAGCUCUGCACUUAAGGAACUCAAAGAAUGAAAAUGUUGUCAAACUGCCCCAAAUGGCAGCAGAGCUGAUGGUUUUGGGGUAUCCUGUGGAGCUGCUGGAUGGAGAUGCUUCUUACCUGCCCCUGUGCUGGGUGGGAGCAAUCUUUGACAGCCUCAUUGAGAGGCUGGGGGACAAACGAGUGUUUGUUCUCUCCGUGCUCGGCAUCCAGAGCACAGGGAAGUCAACCCUGCUGAAUGCCAUGUUUGGGCUGCAGUUCAAUGUCAGCGCGGGGAGAUGCACCCGGGGAGCGUUUAUGCAGCUCCUGCCACUGGACGAGCAGCUGCAAGAGGACGUGGGCUUUGAUUACAUGCUGGUUGUUGACACAGAGGGCCUUCGUGCCAUAGAGAUGGCCAAUAAACAGUCCCUGAACCAUGACAACGAGCUGGCCACCUUUGUCAUCGGCAUUGGCAACAUGACCCUGAUCAACGUCUUUGGGGAAAAUCCCUCAGAAAUGCAGGAUGUUCUUCAGAUCGCUGUGCAGGCUCUUCUGAGGAUGAAGAAAGUACAUCUUUCCCCCAGCUGCCUCUUUGUCCACCAAAACGUGGGAGAAGUUAAUGCCAGUGAGCAGAACAUGGAAGGACAAAGACGUUUGCAGGAAAAGCUGGAUGAAAUGACCGUGGCAGCUGCCCAGCAGGAAUGCUGUGACGUCUCCUCCUUCAGCGACGUCAUCCGCUUUGACGUGAACACCCACAUUCACUACUUUGCUCACCUGUGGGAAGGAAACCCCCCAAUGGCACCACCCAACCCCACCUACAGCCACAACGUCCAGCAACUGAAGCGCAAAGUUCUCCAGGCUGCCAAGGAGUCCCAAGGCAGCAUUUUGACGCUCUCCAGCCUGAAAGUCCGUAUUGGUGACCUCUGGAAUGCUUUGCUGAACGAGAACUUUGUUUUCAGCUUCAAGAAUUCACUGGAGAUUGCUGUGUACAGGAAACUGGAAACUGCCUUUUGUCAGUGGACCUGGAGGCUGAGGAGUCACAUCUUAGAUGUACAAAUGAGACUCGACAACAGAAUUCGGAACGGGGACUUGCAGCAAGUCACCAGAGAACACCUGGAAGGGCUCGUGCAUGAGACAAGUGAUGCCAUCUUGACAGACAUGGAAAAGUAUUUCAGGGAAGACAAACACUGUGAGAUGCUGGUCCAGUGGAAAGGCAGCACAGAGCGGAAACUGGAUGCACUAAAAGAGAACCUUGUUCUUGAAACUCGGAAGAAAUGUGAGAAUCUCAUUGAACUGCAGAAGACCCAGAGUAAACUGGAUGCAAGGAAGUCGGAAUAUGAAGACGAGCUCUUGAGAAAGAGCAGGGAGUUGGCUCUGACUCUGAAAGGCAAGAGCCUCAGUGAGAGAGAACUGAGAGACAGCUUUACUUCUCUCUGGGCCGAGUGGAUUACUGAAGUCUCCCGUGCUGCUCCCCCACUGGAACGGGUGGAUAUUGAUGCGGAAAUAGAAGAUGUCCUUCUGGAGCGUUUUACAGAGCCUGGUUUCCAUGCACGGAUCAGGUCAUUUCCCAAACACACAGGAUUUCCCUUGGACUUGAAGAAACAUGUCACAAAGAAAAAGGGUUGGAAAACAUACCUCCCAUGGAAUGUUUCCAAUGCUGAUGUGAACUUGCAGGACAUCACAGACAACAUCAUAGAUCGUGUGAGGGCAAACAUUGAUAAGAAGGAACAGGAGAAACGGGAUUACAGUCGAUCCUUUAUUCAUGAAAUACUCCAUGAAGUACAGGAAGGUGUGAACAACGUCCCCAGCGAUGCACCAUUUAGGGUUAACAAAGAUUACAGCAUAGAUUUAUCUCUGUACCUCUGCAGAAAGGCAGCAGAAAGGUUUAAAGCCAUGCACGAAGCAUUCCAGAAGGCAAAUGACCCAGUCACCUACCUGAAGAGCAAGAGAGAAGAUUUCUUCACAUGUUUCCAGAUGUCCUGCCAAGGAGCCACUUCUGUCACAGCUUUUGCUGUUUUCCUUUGUGACAAGCUUGCCCCAGCUCUUCGCCGGGCCGUCUAUGAGAGGACGGCUAAAGCCAUCGCUGGGGACAUGCAGGGGAAAGUCCCAGAUUUCCAGGGCAACAGAGCCAAUCUGGAUGUUUAUAUCCUGAGAUUCCUGGCACAAGAACAAAACUUUCAGUAUUUCAAGCAGUACUUUCAACACCCAGAAGAGUUUUUUCAGUGGUACAUUGAGAGACGUGUUGAGAGUUACUGUUUAGGUGAGAGCCGGAGGCUGGAGAACUUUUUAGAUUCCUCCCUUGAUGUUCUCUAUGGAAACAUCCUGUCAGCUGUUGCUUCAUCAACCCAAAGGGUCAAAGACAGAAAAGACCAAAAGGACAAAAUCUCUCUCUGGCUGGAUGAAUUUUGCAGGGAACUGACAGAGCUGAUGAACUUGCCCAGAAGUGACCUGAAGGGCCUCGAGCAUCAGGAGAUCACAGACAUUGAGUUCCUGAGCAAAGCCAUGGCAGAAGCACUGCCUGCCAUGGACAAUGAGCUCAGAGGAAAAUUUGCUGUUGCUGAUCUGAGCUGGUUUGAAAGGAAGCCUCACACCAUCCUGGUGGAGCAGUUUUCGGGGUGCUGGGAGCAGUGUCCCUUUUGUGGGGCUGUCUGCACAAACACCAUGCAGGGACACGAUGGAGACCAUCAGCUUCUCUUCCAUCGACCAGAAGCUUUGAACGGAUGGAGGUUCCGAGGAACAGAAGAGCUGGUCAUUGAUAUUUGUUCCAGCAGUGUUGCAAGUGACCGUGGAUUCUACCGACACCCAGAGGAUGACCUCAGCUAUCCCUACAAGAGAUACCGGGAUGCAGGACCUCCUUUCUCCAACUGGAAAAUUCUUCCUGAUCCAUCCACACAAGCCUACUGGAAAUGGUUUGUGUCUCAUUUCAGGACAGAGAUAGAAACCUGGCAUGGUAAGAAAUUUCAAGGCAGAGGAGAAAUCCCUGAGGCCUGGCAGAGAAUUACCAAGGAGGAAGCACUUGCUGAGCUGGACAAGCCUUAGGCCAUGUUGAUGGAAGGAAGAUGAAAGAAGAUGAAGGAAGAACCUUCACGGCUUUGCAGUUGAGCAGAACAGAGUACAAGGCUGUCCACAAAAUGCUGUUUCAAUGCUUAUGCUCCCAAGGCCCAUGAAGACAAUGGGAUCCAACUGCUCACAAACUGGGUGAAAUAAGGCGCGUUACUCCGGCCGUCGCUCAGAAACUCCCUCGCUUCCUGAUCAGCCAGAAUCCUCUUCCCUUCCUGCUGUAAACAUUUCCCUCUGCUUUGCCCUUGAGCAAAAGAAAAACCCACCCUGGGCUGCUCAGUCCCAUGGCCAAGAUGGAGCCCAAGUGCCAGGGGAAGGGCAAAGGCAGCACGAGAAAGCCCCAGUUGGAUGAGCUGCUCUGAGGAAAUAAGGGGCAGUGAGCAAAGCCCAGCUUUCCUGCAGCACUGCAAUCCCAGCACAAAGGGGGAACACUGUGGUACUGGGAAGAUCAUGGGACCCUCCAGUACCUGUCAGCCGAGGGACAAUCCAGGUGUUCUGCUGCAGAGCCAACAACCACGUCGAACCCCCUCCUCAGGUGCCAAGCCACGACCCCCCCCUCCCGUUAGGUACAGCAAGAGAACUUUACACCAACCAGAAACAAAAGGUAAUUACGACUGAAGCCACUCCAGCUCCACCUAAACACAAAGAAUUCGUAUGAAAGUAAGUUGGGGAGAGGGGGGAAAUUGAGGAAGACUCCCCUGAACCUGCUGGGAUCAGCUGAGGGGUUGAACCUGCCUCCCCCCCACCCCAGGGACGCCUGUGGGGUGAGAAAUACACUCUGGGCAGGUUCAACGGUGCUUUAAGGAGCAGAGCUUUGGUCGGGCUCCCCCCAGAGGAUAUUGGCAGAUUGCUUCGUGUUCCACCUUGGCCUUGCUUCCCAGAGCCCAGAUUGCUUUCAAACACAGUUUUGCAGCCAGACGCUGCCGCCAACGCCCACGAACCUUAUUAACCUGUCCCAGGCAGUGCUAAUAAAGAGUGUGAU